AUGAGCAGCAAGUCCCGACCCAAUGGUCUCUUCGCCAGUGGCGUAUCUCCUACCGACGAGCUAGCCUCCCGAUACCAUCCCGUGCAUUACAUCCGCCGUGGCUCUCAACCUGCACCUGCCCUGGUCGAUGGGUGGGCUACUGAGACAGCAACGGAGGUGCCCCAAGGCAGAUUGAUACCCCACCACGAAGGAGGCAGCACGGGAAAUCCCAUUAUGCGUGCUUUGACAGACAUGCACGAUGCCUUUGAUCGCUAUGCUGACGAAGAUGCAGAAGAAGGUGCUCGAUUUGAAUACCGUCUUGCACGCGCACGCGAGGCAUUGCCAGACAAUGUGGCGUAUGCGGAGGACAUAGGCGAUCGGAAUGCUCCCGACAUGUACAAUCUGGAGCGUAUUACAGGAGGGAGCCUUCAAACACGGAAGAGCAGUCGCACACGAUCUGAGCCUAUACCGAGGGAUGAGCCAGCCAAAUCCACUGAGCAAACGUUUGUGGUCACGUUUGAGUCGACCGACUCGCAUCAGGACAACCCACGCAACUGGUCGUUCAAGUAUCGCACCUUCGUGCUUUUGGUCUAUGCUUUAUUCUCUCUGACAGGGCCCUACGCAUCGUCUAUGGUGUCCCCUGCUGCGGAGGCCAUCGGUCAGGACCUGGGUGUUGACACUAAGCUCGAGCAGAACUUGCUCGUGGGUCUGUAUAUGCUGGCUUUCUUUGUGGGCCCUCUCUUCUCGGCGCCAAUGAGCGAAGCGCUCGGGCGGCGCCUUGUGGUACUGACAUGCAGCAUUGUAUUCAUUUGCUUCAAUAUUGGGUGUGCGGUGGCAACCACGUCGACUCAGCUGCUUGCGCUGCGUUUCUUUUCCGGUAUGUUUAGCGGCGCCAUUCUCCCCAUGGGAGGUGGCGCUGUGUCAGAUAUGUUUGAGGUGCACGAACGAGGUAUGAGUAUGGCUAUCUAUACGAUUGCUCCUGUCCUAGGACCAUGCAUUGGUCCGCUUGUCGGCGGCUGGAUCAUCCAGGGCUGGGGCAACGACAAGUGGCGCUGGAUCUUUUGGACAGGCACGUUCCUCACAGCCAUUACUCUGGUUGUUGGCUUCAUUUUUGCGCCCGAAACAUAUGCACCGCGCAUUUUGAUUCUCAAGGCGAAGAAGAUUCGAAAGGAGACAGGCGACAACAGGUACUAUUCCACCUUUGAGGUCCAGUCGGAGACUGUUAAGCAAAAGUUGAAGCGCUUUUUGCUGCGCCCUGUCAUCUUUGUGUGCACUGAAAUCGCUGUAUUGUUACCCACGCUAUACCUGUCCGUGAUUUAUGCGUGUUUCUACUUGUGUAUUGUAUCGAUCCCACGUGUCUUUGGUUCCAAAUACAAUUACCGGCCUGGUAUCUCUGCCCUGCAGAAUAUAUCUUUGGGCUUGGGCUCCGUCAUUUGUUGUCAGCUGGGCGGCUGGCUCGUCGACCAUCUGUAUAAACGUCUGUCGAAAAAGCAUGGCCUGCGCCGUCCAGAGUACAAGCUGCCCCUGAUGAUGAUCACGGUGUUUGUGCUUCCUGCUGCUAUGAUCUUGUUCGGGUGGACAGCGCAGUACCGUCAAGUUUGGAUUGCGCCCGAUAUCGGUCUUUUCUUCGUCGGUGGUGCCGUUAGUGGCAGUAUUCUGCAAGUACAGAUGUACCUGGCCGACUUGAUGACCAUCUAUGCUGCCUCGGCGAUCAGUGCAGCGACGGCCAUGCGCUCUCUUCUUGCGUUCAUUUUUUUGCUCUUUUCCAAUGCCAUGUUCGAUCACCUCGAUAUCGGCUGGUCCCUGUCCCUCUUAGCCUUGAUUACCGCUGUGAUUGGUAUCCCAUCGCCGUUCUUGCUCUACCGCUAUGGCCCCUAUUUUCGUCAGGCGCGAGUUCCCCGCACUGGCGUCCCGGUGAACGUUCGUGUCAUGAAGUUUAUGCUGUACCAGGGCUUGAAGCCACAGUAUUUUCGCUUGCAGUGGCUUGUCGAUCAUGUGCUGGGUGUAUCCUUCAAUCGCCCGCCAGUGAAUGCCUUCCAUGUGCCCAUGUGGACGGAGAUGCACCGCAUCUUUUCGCACCUUCGCGGUGAUGGCGACGUGCGUGCGGUGGUCCUCUACGGCGAGGGCAAGUGUUUCACGGGUGGUCUGGACUAG